UCGAUCUUUGUUCCUCUCUUGGAAUGAUCGCCUUGUCUCGUAGCCAGCUGGGUCAUCACUUCCCCUCAUAAGGAAAAAGAAAGGAGGAGAGCAGAGGAAAACUGGAACGGAUUUACGUCAAAUGGAUAAAGGGAUCGGGGAAAAUGGGGCAAGGAAGCAGAGAGACAGUGAGACAGAUAACCAGGUGGUUCAUCAGUGGUUUCCAAGGCAACAACCUCUGACACCCCAGCUCUCACUGAAGGGGCGACCUCUAAAGCUGAUGCUGCUCAUACUGAAUCAUCCACCAUGGAGCCUGACAGCACCGGCCGGACCAAACGUUUUCCAGAAAACAGCUGCAUCACAACACUGGACAUACGAAACCCGCUGCCCCUGGACUCUCCUCCUCUUCUUACACCUCCUCUUCCUCCUCCACCUUUUCCUGCUGCAGACAGCCCUGACCUCCCACCUCUGUCACCUCUAGUCCUGCUUCUACCUCUACCACCAGCCAAACCUUUUUCUACCUCCAGUCCCUCAACUCCGCCUCCUGCUGAGAGCCCCGAGCGUCCGACCACCCUCAACCUAAAGACGCUGCCGCGGCCAACCAUAAGGGAAAACGGUGGCCCCCCGCCGAGGUUGGAUGAGGAGGAAGAGGAGAAGAAGAUGCUUGAGGAGGAUCUAAAGAAAUGCAUUGAGGACUUCAAAAAGAUCCGCUUGCCCAGAGAGUUUCCAGAUCGCAAGAGACACUGGCAAAGUAACUUGCUCAAGAAGUACAAUGCGUAGAGCGCUUUGCUGCCAGGAUUUUAUACGUGUUGAGCAGUGGACUCCAGCUUCAUAUUCACGUUACUCUGAGUCAGCAAGUUUACUUUAAGUUCUAAUGUAGUAGCUUUUGCAUGUCAACAGAACGAAAAUGUUUGAUUAAGUGUAGUGCUUAAUCAUAGAUUAUUAGUGACACUUCUUUGUUCCUCAUUUCUAUUUGGAGACUUUAAAAUAAUAUUUAAAUUAUUUUAUUAUCACUCAGUCAAAGGAUAAUAUAGGUAAUGUUGUUAAUUAGAUAUUUCUGCCCUGCUCUCUGUACUGUAUCCACUGAUCAAGCUACUGGAAAUUGUAAGCUAAGUGUGAAC